UUUUUCUAAGUAAAACAGAUCAACUACAGCUAUUAGGUGUCGUGGCUAUGGUGUGACAAGUUUGGAUUAACAUAAAAAUGGAUAAAGAGCGCAAGAAAUUAUACAGUCUGGUUAAACAGUGGAAUGAGAGUCGACUGGAUUUGUUUUGCAUUUCUGACCCUAGUGAGAAACUUGAAUUUCACGGCGUGAUCAGAUUUUAUCACCAAGACUCCACUAAUAACGGGAAAUAUGCCACGAAAUGUGUGCGAGUGUCAAGCACAGCUUGUACAGUGGACGUUAUCAUUACUUUGGCCGAGAAAUUUCGCUCUGACAUGAGAAUGUUGACCAAACCUAAAUAUGGGUUGUAUGAAGUACAUGUAGAUGGAGACACCAGGAAGUUAAAAGAUGAUGAGAAACCACUGUUGGUUCAACUUAACUGGGUUCAUGAUGACAGAGAGGGGAGGUUUCUUUUGAGGAAUGAAGAUAAUAAGGGACCGGUUCAAGUCGGUGUUGGUUUAUAUGAUGAAAGUGAGGACACAAUAAAAGGAUUCAAACUCACUCGGAAUCUCACUAAGAGGGAAAAGAAACAGCAACGAAAAAACAAAAAACUUAACAACAUUCAGAAGAAAAAUACUGAAGAUGAAACAAAUACGAACACCACUGAGAUUUCUGCUGUAAAACAUCUUUACAACCAAGUACCUGAAUCUACUUUCACACGAACGGUUUCGAACCCGGAAGCUGUGAUGAAGAAACGACGAGAACAGAAGAUGCAGAAGAGAGGGGCGGACAUUCUAAAAAUCUACGGUGACAGUCUUAACCCAGAGAUCCCAUACAAGUCAUUACUGUUGCUCCCUAGUGAUAAAACAGAUGUUGUGGUCCGAGAUGCUCUUGAUAAAUACGGACUUGAAAAAGAGUCUUCCUCAGAUUACAACAUCAUUAAGAUUGUACUUCCCCCGGGUUCGAAACCUGAGGAAUGUUUUGAGGGGGGUUGGGGUCGUGAAGUGGCAUUAGACAGCGACGAGUGUCCACUGACUGUCAUGAAAAACUGGCAACCCCACCAAGGAACCCUGGUUUUCCAACUACGGAAACAACCACAGCGUAUGAACGCUUCAAAGUUAAAAUCAUCCAUUCGUAAACCUUCCGUUCAAUCGACCGAUCGCCAGUCAAUGUCAGAUAGUGAUGCAAAAUCUGAAGAGAUAUCUCGUUACUCACAUCCUGAUUCAAGUGAACGACAGAAAAGAGAAAAUACAAAGAAACAGCUGGUGACCCCACCCAAGCUGUUACAGUUAUCUAAAUCCCAUGACAGUUGGAUAGUCCACCCCAUAUCCCCCAAUGUAACAGAGGUUGGUUGUAAUCAACAUAAUGCAAAGUAUGGACAGUUCAUUCAACUACAUCCAGCACCUGAGUUAUACCCAGCACACUGUGUUAUUACUAACAUGGAUGGUGUGGUAACGGUUACACCACACGAGGGCAGUGGUAAGGUGCUCGUUAAUGCGAAAUUAAUUGAAGAAACAACGAUGUUAUCGCACGAGGAUAUUGUUUCCCUUGGAAGACGAACAAUGCUUGUGUUUUGUGAUCCUGGACUUGAAAUUGCUAUACCUGACAUUCGUAGGAAAAUGGACAGAGUGUCUUCUCUGCUCUACCCUGAAAAACAACCCCCAAAAAACAUCCAAGGUUCCCCACACAAAACCAAUCCAAAUAAAAGCAGCCAACAAAGAAAUUCUCGUUAUGCCGUACCCCCCACACAUGAAAAUAAUGAGAAGCGGAACAUAGGCAUGGAGCAAUACAAACCAACUACAUCUGAAUACCAACAGCGAGGAGCACCUGGAAGGAACAAACUGUAUUCACAGAGUGAAACAAGUGGGAUGCCCAAGCAAGCUCCUCCAUCACUGCCUGCCAGCAUAUCUGUUAUAAGAGGAGGUGAGAAGCAACUUCUGGAAAACAUAUUUUCUGUUGGUGGAAAUUCUCUUCACUUUAAGUUAUCACCUUCCUACACAAGUUAUCUAUUUAUUCGAAGCUUGCUUCCUAAUUAUAACGAAGUGGUUUCUUACUUGGCUCUUAUAACUGAGCUAUUGGAUCAUGCUAUUCAAUUAAGCUCAACCUCAGUCACAGAACUGGCCUUCUGGAUGGCAAACUCAUCAGAAAUCCUCAACUUUAUGAGGCAGGACCUGGACUUGUUCCCAGUAACCUCUGUUGCACAGGAUAAGUUUGCUAAAGCAGUUCAACUUGCUUUCAGACACUUGGUACAAUGCAUGCAGAGCACCCUGUUUUCACUUAUGCCGGCCUUUCUAUCUGAAUCAACAGAUGAUUUACCUGGUGGGGAUACUACUGGGUUGAAACAUCAGAAACACAGCAACCAACUUACCAUGUAUGACAUCCUUCACAUGUUAUCCUCUGCCAUGUCUCUUCUUCGUCGAUGCAGAGUAAACGCUGCACUCACAAUCCAACUCUUCUCCCAGCUCUUCCACUCCAUCAAUAUGUGGCUCUUUAACAAACUUGUGAGCAAUGACUCCUCUGGGAAGAUGUUGUGUUGUAGGGAAUGGGGCAUCCGGAUCAGGACCAGGCUCGGAAUGAUUGAAACUUGGGCAGAAAAACAGGGUCUUGAACUUGCUGCUGACUGUCAUCUUGCCCGCAUAACACAAGCCACACACUUGUUACAAGCUCCUAAGCACUCAGCAGAUGAUAUAGCAGCCAUUAGUGGCACCUGCUUCAAGUUAAACUCACUCCAACUACAAGCAUUACUAAGGAACUACCAACCACAGCUCAGUGAUGGAGAGAAACAAAUAUCUCCAGAACUUAUCGAUAAAGUUGUUUCUGUUGCACAACAUUCAGCAGAUGAGCUCACAAAGUCCGAUGGUAGGGAUGUUGUCCUCAAUGAAGAUCCGGACCUCCAGCUCCCGUUUCUGCUCCCAGAGGAUGGAUACUCAUGUGAUGUCCUCCAAGGCGUGCCAUCCGGACUCACAGAGUUCAUCAACUCAUACAGAUACGAAGUUGAAGAUUUCCAAAUAAUUUCCGACACUUCUGGUUCAUGGACUGUUCAUUUCACUCACGCCAUGCAUCCUAUUGAACAGAACCGACAAGCCAGCAUACAACCAUCCCACAGUAGUUCGGAUGUUAAGUCCCCAAAGCCCGAAGUAAUCUCGGUUAUGCUGAACAAAAGAUCUGGAGGCAUGGGGCUCAGUAUUGUGGCUGCCAGGGGUUCCAAUGAACACAAACUAGGAAUCUACAUUCGAUCUGUUGUAAAAGAUGGAGCAGCAGAUCUGGAUGGAAGAAUACAAGCAGGUGAUCAACUACUGAGUGUUGAUAAUAAAUCAUUGGUUGGACUUGACCAAGCGAGAGCUGCUGCUUUGAUGAUGGACACUGGGAACUUCAUCACUCUACGUGUUGCGAAACAGGGGGCUAUUUACCAUGGCCUUGCUACCCUCAUUACCGAGCCAUCACCCCCUAUGUCCCACAAAAUCUACGCAAACCAGGGGUGGAAUGGGGCUUCCCCUACUACCCCACGUACCCAGCCACCCCAGGAUGUUAAAUUUCGGAAAUUUCCCGAGAAAUCUUCGCUUUACGAUACAAAGAAAGGGUCAGUGGUGAAUCAGUCAACACCAGAUCUUAAUGAAGGAAAAAUUGGUUCAAGUCAUUUUGAAAAGAAUUACCCUCGUACAGCAAUGUCUAUGAUUAGUUUACAACAGGAUGAUAGAAUGAAUUACAACAACCAGAACGGAGUAAAACGUUACAGUCCUCAGAACAGAGUAGAACGACAUGACAACAGGCCCACUAGCUACAUUCAAUCCACUUUGCGAUCGCGUAACACUGCUCCUGUUUUGGUGAGCACAAGGAGGGAUGGAGGAGAAGAGGGAGCAGAAAGAGGAGUGAGAGUGGGGGGAGUGGGAGCACCAGGAGGAAGAGCAUUUCAAAAGCAUUCAUCUCUUGACAACCCAAAUUAUGAUAACGUCCCAUCCAUUCGAGACAAUUCAAUCCACAGUCCUAAGCAUUCUGAACCAGAGAUCAGGUCCUACAGGGAAACAAGCCAGCUGAGGAGUUAUACCACAAAAGUGCCAACCCACUUUUCAGAGCCAAGUUCUCCUGCACGAAAAGCGACACCUUCCAAUUUAACAGCAGCACAAAUCCUAAAAUCUAGCAUUAAAUCUGCCAAGGCUCAGGAGAAGCAAGGAGAAAGAGGUGGGAAACCAAGAAUGUCAGCUCAGGAAGCUCUUUCUCCACGUGUAGCAACCUACAAAGCAAAAACCCAGAAGUUAGCCGCUGAGGAACCCCCACUACCCCCACCACCACAACCACAGGAGUUGGAAAUGCUGGUCAAAGAAAUCAAACAAGACAAAUCCCAGGCAUCAAAGACAUUGGGUCGGCCGUUUAAUGAGAAAAAAGAAACAAAAAGACCUCCAAAGUCAAAGGCAUCCCAACUUCCAGAUAGCAGCAAAUCCUCCACUCUCCCUCGUCAUUUCAAGUCCUCCUCCUCCUCUCCAUGGGCUAGGGAUGAUAGGGAGAAGAGGGAGCAGGCGAUCCAGGAGGAGCUUAAUUCACUCCGUGAUGAGGAAAUUGAGGAAUUAACUGCAAGAGGAGAUUCUUUGAAUUCUUUUGAGAAAGACAGGUUGAAGAAUUUGCUCCAGGAGAAAAACUUCCAAAUGCGAGUCCAGGAGGAAAGAUCUCGUUUGUUUUCGGAUGAUGAUUUGUCAGGAGAGGAUUGCAUCCCUGAUCGCCCGGAUCGAGACCGGAUCAUCCAACUGGAGGAUGUGCAAGCUCAACGUGAUGCGGCGAAUAAGGAGAAGAUGGAUGAAUCUGUGAUGACUCAGCAACCCCCAAUAGUGACUCAGCAACCAGUGAUAACUCAUCCACCAGCAGUGACUCCGCAGCAACCACUAAUGACUCAGCAAAGCCCAAGGAUGAACGACAAGACUUACACGUCUGCUUUUUCACCAACUUUCUCUGUUCAAAAGAAUAACCAAUUCAGGAACAAAAGCAGAUCAGGCCCACGUCCAAUAUCUGAUGGAUAUCUUUUGUCAAGUUCGAUCAACCAUGAUAUUACUGAUGAGGUUGAUGCUCCCACCACUCCGAGGACACUCACAAACGCGCCAGUCAACUUUGUACCUUCCUCUUCAACCCCAGGGGUUAUUGGGGCACAAGAAAUCUACAACGACCCGCGCUCAAAACGUGAAGUAACUAUGAGAAGGGAACAAGCAACUCGACAAAGAGCUCCCGACCCUUCUAAAAUGACUUUCAAAGACCGACAACGACUGUUUCAAGCUGACCGCAGCAGCCCAGUGAACAAACCACGAUCUUCAAGGAAAUUGUUGGAAAUUGAGCAGAAACUACUGGCAGAGAUGACAGAUGAUUAUUCACUCAAAUAAAACUAGAACAUCUUGUAGUAAAGUCAAUGAAAUGCCUUUAUUUUUGCUUCCCUUUAAUGAAAUAAUGGCACUAAAGUGUGGUGAAAAUGUGUACACGCUCCGAACACCGCUGGUACUUUUUGUAAAUUUCGUUAUUUGUUUUCUAAACAUUAUUUUGUACGACACACUUGUAGCAAAAGAUAUACGAAUGUUCACCAACCUUAUGUAUAUGUGUGCUAAUAGUAACAUCAAAAUCGCCUAAAAUGAGAUCUAAUCAAUGUGUUUAUCAGUUCCAAUUAGAAUAUCGCUUCCAGUACCCCUCUAUAUAUUAGUUACACAUUUGUUGUCAUUUCUCCAUCUAUCUAUUUUCAUCCUGCAUCUAAAUUAGUGAUAUUUCUAUCAUUGUGGCUUCCCUAUAUGAGCUUUCAAUUCCCUGAGAAUUCUAGAGAAAUUGUUGGUUAUAUUUUUAAAGUCACUUUGCACCUGGGCUUACAUUUUGCUUUAAACACGACGUCAUACAUACUGCAGUGCACUUACGGUCACGUGGGAACUGGCACUUCAUUGACACUACCUCCAUACCCAAAAAACGGUGCUUGAUUUUCACAGCAUUAAUAUUGCUGUAUCAGUACGAAAUUAUGACCAAACUCUCCAGACGUUUUAAAUUUGUACAUUGCUUAUUAUGUUUCUUUCUGUAAUUAGUUAAUUCUACUAAUUGUGGUGCUCCAAUCGCCGGUGCUCUCAUUGUGCCCCUUUAAUUUUUUGUACCCUACUUUUUAAACAAUUGUGUUUCCAGUAAUAAAGCGCUGUGGCCACGACUCACAA